AUGUCCCAGCUGGAGGGACUGAGCGGUCAGCUGGAGGGGACGCCCCACGGAGCAGCACCAAAGACCAGGAGCGUAUCCCAGGCCACCUGGCUCUGGCCCGAGCGGAGGACACUUUUGAACACUCGGACCAGCCCGGCCAAGCACGUGUUUGGGGAGGCUGGUGAACCCCAGCUGCGCAGGCAGGCGAACUUGAAGGAAGCCAGCACCAACCUGCGAGGCGUGGACCUGGGCGCUAUUUUUAUAAGAGGCAUUGCACAUCAGCCUGAGCAGAUGCCAGCCUUCACGAACGGGGAUCAAGUGACCAAAGAGGACAGCCAAAUCCUGAUGCAGGCUGGAGCUGAGACCUGUUCCCACGAGUACCCACCCUCAGGGCUGAUGCCCCCAGGUCUCCGAGACUGCACAUCUCUGUGGACUCAGAUGGCCUCGUCUUCUCUCUCGGAGCGGCCAGGGCCUCAGAAGGCAUCUCCAGAGAACAAGCCUCGAGAAAGUGGCCUUGGGAGUCAGUGGAAGGCCCCAGUCCCUCUGAUCUCCCUGCCAUACUGCUGCAGGGUCGGGGCCAUGGAGGAGCAACCCCAAGAGCGCAGGGGCCUCACAGAGAAGAUGCCCCUUGCCGUGGCCCCCCUGGGCCUGUCGUCGCUGGGGGCCGUCUUCAUCCUGAUGAAGUCCUCCCUCGGGGCCGGCCUGCUCAACUUCCCCUGGGCCUUCCAGCACGCUGGCGGGCUGCUCCCCGCCUUCCUGGUGGAGCUGGUCUCCUUGGUCUUCCUGGUCUCUGGGCUGCUCACCCUGGGCUACGCAGCCUCGGUCAGCGGCCAGCCCACCUACCAGGGCGUGGUGCGUGCGCUGUGCGGGCCCGGCCUGGGCAAGCUGUGUGAGGCCUGCUUCAUCCUCAACCUGCUCAUGAUCUCCGUGGCCUUCCUCAGGGUGAUUGGGGACCAGCUGGAGAAGCUGUUCGACUUGUUGCUGCCCGGUGCGCUGACCCCACAGCCCUGGUACACGGACCAGCGUUUCACCCUGACCCUGCUCUGCACCCUGGUCAUCCUGCCUCUGUCUGCCCCACGGGAGAUCAGCUUCCAGAAAUACACAAGCAUCUUAGGCACCCUGGCCGCCUGCUACCUGACCCUGGUCAUUGUGGUGCGCUAUUACCGCUGGCCCUCGGGCCUAGUUCAGGAGCCCCACUUUUCACAGAGCCCUUCCUCCUGGACAUCCAUGUUCAGCAUCUUCCCCACCAUCUGCUUCGGAUUCCAGUGUCACGAGGCCGCGGUCUCCAUCUACUGCAGCAUGCGUGAUCAGCGCCUCGCCCACUGGGCCCUGGUCUCCACACUGUCCCUGCUGGCCUGCUGCCUCAUCUACUCGCUGACAGGGGCUUUUGGCGUCCUGACCUUCGGGUCCAGCGUCUCUGCCGACAUUCUGUUGUCCUACCCCAGGGAUGACGUGGUGGUCAUCGUGGCCCGGGUGCUCUUUGCUGUCUCCAUUGUGACCGUGUACCCCAUCGCGCUCUUCUUGGGCAGGUCUGUGCUGCAGGACCUCUGGGGGAGGAGCUGCUGGGUACCUGCUGCCACCUCUGAGAUGGGGGCGCGGAUGCUGCUGACCAGCUUGUGGGUCGCCACCACACUCACCCUGGCGCUGCUGCUGCCCGACCUCAGCAAGGUCAUCGACAUCAUCGGUGGCAUCAGCUCCUUCUUCAUCUUCAUCUUCCCAGGUCUGUGCCUCAUCUGUGCUGUGGACGUCGAGCCCCUGGGGCCGAGGCUCAAGUGCUGCCUGGAGCUCUGGGGCGUGGUCUCCGUGCUGGUGGGCACCUUCAUCUUCGGCCAGAGCACAGUGGACGCAGUGCUGGAGCUGCUCUGA